UUAAUUUUCAAAAGAAAAACGAAAAUGUCUUUCAUGACUCGUGAAUACAAAUUCAAUACCACCCUGCAAAUGCAGAAAAAAGAUCAACACACCAUGGCCAUGCGCAGUUUCAAGAAACUGGUGAAACCGCUGCUGAGAUUGGUCAAGAAAAAGCAGCUUUUGCGCAAAACCCUGGCAGAGAUUCAACAGAAUACCUACAAUUCCAGUCUGGAAGAUAUGCGCAAAGAUCCCGUUUCUUUGAAUGCCGCCCAAGACAAUGUGGCGAAUGAGGCUUUGGAGCAGCGCAUUUUCAAUGAAAUCCGUCAUUGUCCCAACAAUGCUGCCGUCAUUGUGCAUCAGGGUCAGCAACAGCAUGUGGUGUCCGUUAGCCAAACCCAAAACUACAUUCCUGUGCAUUUUGCCCGCACCGACAGUGGCACCUUCUUUUGGACCUCCAUGGACAUGGCCCAGCAGCAGGAGAUGAAAAUGCGCUCCCAACUGGAUAGAUGGGCCCAGGCUUAAAAGCGGACAACAAACAACAACAAAAUUUAUUUAAUUUCUGUGAGAGGAUCAUAGCAAAAACAAAA